ACACACACGUCUAUAUCUGUCUACCAAGUAGCUUGCUGAGAAUUGGAUGGGAACUACAUUAACUCUCUGGAUUGAGUGGGGAGAGCGAACGUCUUCACUGUGUUGAACCUUCCAGCCCACGAGCACACUGUGAUUCUCCGUGUCCUUAGGGCUUUGAUUUCUCUCAUUGCCAUUUGUAGGGUUCAGAGUGUCAGUCCUGUCCGUGUUUGGUGAGACUUUUGCCUGCAUGCUGUGUGUGUGGGAUUACAAACACCGCAUUUCCAGUUUCGGCCUCUGUGGACCCCUUGCAUCGUGGUAGAUUUCUGUGUGAUUGACCUUGCCGACCUCACUCGGCUCGAGGAGGGUUUUUGUACAUUUCCUGCCAUUUUGUACCUGGGUAAUGGUGUUCUAUGCGAACAGGGCCCGGUGUCCUUCCCCUUCCCAUCUGUGUGCCUUUCCGUACCGUUCUUGCCUCGUUGCCCUGGCCAGAAUGACCUGCCCCGACGGGAGGGAGAACAGGAGCGGACACCCAUGUCUUGCCUCAGCACUCACUUGCUCUCCAGAGACUGGGACACAGGCUCAUGUGUGAGUGACAAAGUGACGCUUCCCUGUGGGAAAAAGGGCUUACAAUGUAGACCGUGGAACAAAGUCUGGAAGUUCACUGACGCCUGACAGCGUCCUCCACUUCCAGCCCGUCUUGCCUGUGAGUCAGAGAGGAACCGCACUAGCAGGCAGUGAGCCCCCGUCCAGAGGCUGGCGUGUGAGGGGCACAGCUGUGCACACCUGGGCGUGGCUGAGCGGAAGGUGCAGGUCAGGAUUCGGACCAUGCAGACAGCCACCCACUGGCAUGACAUCUGUGGCAUCACAAGGCUGCCAUGGGGCUCUAGGGCCCUCUGCCUGCCCCACAGGCCAUACCCCUGCCCCGGGCACAGAUGUCCUCACUGCUGGCCUCUGACCCAACAUUGUCCAGGAGCCCCGACCCAGGAGGUGCUCCCACCACUGCCUGCCAACCUGGACCUGAUCCAGGCCCCUCCCACCUGAGGCCCUGCCAGGAACUGCCAGGCUGGACACAGAGGAGGUUCCUUCGUGGGCACAGGGAAGAGCCUCCCAUUGUCCCAGUGCAGGAAGCUGCCCGAGGGGUGAGGAUGAGUCAUGGGUUUGAGGAAUGGCAUGGUGAGGCUGUGGGCGGGGCUCCUGUCUGCCCUCCUCCUACAUAAGGCCCCCGAGCCCACACUGCCUCGGCCUCCCUCUCACUCCAGAGCUCAGAGCCACCCACAGCCGCAGCCAUGCAGUGCCUCCUGCUCACCCUGGGCAUGGCCCUGGUCUGUAGCGUCCAGGCCAGUGGCAUCCCCCAGACCGAGCAGGACCUGGAGGUCCCAAAGUUGGCAGGGACCUGGCACUCCAUGGCCAUGGCGGCCAGCGACUCCACCCUCCUGGAGGCCAGGGAUGCCCCUCUGAGGAUCUACAUCACCUCCCUGAUGCCCACCGCCGAGGGCAACCUGGAGAUCAUUCUGCACAGAUGGGAGAACAACAGCUGUGUUGAGAAGAAGGUCCUUGCAGAGAAGACUGAAAAUCCAAAGAAUUUCAGGAUCAACUGUGCAGAUAUGGCGGUGAACGAGGUUACACUGCUGGAGACUGACUAUGACAAAUUCCUGUUUCUCUGCAUGAAGAGCACCGUCACCCCCAAGCAGAGCACCAUGUGCCAGUACCUGGCCAGAUCCCCGGAAGCAGAUGAUGAGGUCCUGAAGGAAUUCUUCCGCACUUUCAAGACCCUGCCCGUGCAGUUAUGGUUCCUCCUGGAAUGGUACCAGGUGGAAGAGCCGUGCCCUAUCUAGGAGAGCUCCUGCCUGGUCCUGCCUGCUGGGAAGACCAGACCCCCGCCCAGCCACACCUCCAGCAUCGUACGACCUCCCCCUGCCCUUUCAAAGAAUGUCCACGGCGCAGAAGACGACGGCGUGGCCACCGUGUUCCGGUCCCUUCCUGCUGCACACCUGCACCUCGGGCGUGGGGAGGCUGCUCCCUGGGGACCGUGUCUGGCAGAAAUGAUUAAUAAACCCAUACAACACGCUCCGC